AUGGAGCCGCCGCCGCGCGAAUUCGGGGAGUGGAUAAAGCGGCGGCACCCGGGCGUUGGGGAAGUGAAGCUGGUGAUCAUGAAGGGGCUGUUCGAGACGGACCUGAGCGUGGGCCACAACCGCCUCUCCGUCCCGGCGAAGCAGAUCGUGGACGCGGACUUCCUGACGGCGGAGGAGGCGGCGCUCCUGAACGAGAAGAGAGGGGAAGGGAUCGGCGUGAAGCUGUACGGGCCCGGGGAGGGGGCGGGUUACACGGAGAUGGUGUUGAAGAAUUGGGAGCUGAAGAAGUCGAAUUCGUACGUGCUGAACAAGGGCUGGAUGUCGCUGGUGAGGAGGUUCCCGGAGGUGUUUCAGAGGAUGGCCAUCGUCCAGCUCUGGUCGUUCCGGGAAGCGGCAGGGGAGCUGGCGUUUCGGAUCACCAAGGUCGGGCAAUUGCCCAAUGAUCGGGCCUCCGGGUCCGGGUCCGGGUCGGGAUCCGGUGUGAAGAGCGAACCCGGGUCGGGUUCGGAUGGUGGUAGCGAUAGCGAUGGUGGUGGUGGUGGUUUGGAUUUGGAGUAUGAGUUGGAGGAGGGUGAGGUGAGGCCGGAGCGGGGCAGGCCGAGGGUGUGGCGUGGAUCGUGUCCGCCGCGGCUCUGA